AUGAAAACUAGCCGCUGGAGACUUAAUGGUGAGGAUCUUGGCCAAAUGAAUGUAGCUGAUGUUCUUCUUGUAUCUGGACGGUUUGAGAGGACAGCAGCGUGGCUACGUGCAGAGAGUCACUGGGAAGAUCGUGACAAUGAAAGGUAUGUUGACAACUUCAAAAGGAAAUUUGCAGAUCAGGAGUUCAAUGCAAUAAAAAGAAGAUGCAAUGGGCUCCAAAGCCAGAAAUGUUCCUGUAUCGUUGCGGUAAAGAAGGAAGAGAAGCACAUUAAACGUUCUGUAAUCAAAAGUGUGGUUGGGACGCUUGAUUUGAACAUUCGUUUUUUCUUGCAAGGAGAGACCUUUCCUGGGGAAAAGGUGAAGUCUCAAUUGUUCUGCACCAUUAACCGGGAAGGUUCAAAUAGGUAUGGUUAUAUUGCUAAUCUAUGUGUUGCCAAAUCAGCACGCCGCCAGGGUAUUGCUUGCAACAUGUUACGUUUCGCUGUCGAAUCAGCCAGAUUGAGUGGAGUUGAGCAAGUAUAUGUUCAUGUACAUAGAAACAAUUUAGUUGCUCAAGAACUAUACCAGAAGACUGGUUUCGAGGUCGUUGAAAUGGGACAGUUUGAAUCAUCAGAUGAUACAUACUUGCUCCAGUACACAAGAUGAUGACUCACAAGAAACGAUGCGUGUUGUCUCUUUUCCCUUUCUUUACUUUUUAUUUCGGAGGAUGGGAUAAUUGAACCAAAACGCAGAAAAGUGAUUAUUAAUAUGUUUGUAUCAUGCAAUGUCUAAAAAUGGAAUGUAUGUAGUAACUCAAAAUUUCAUGUACGAUUGUUGUGGAUAAAUUUACAUUAAGAUUUGGAUUGAAA